AUGGGGAUUCACAAUCAACAGACAUGUUUCCCCCGGAUCUCUCUUGUUUUGGUGACCCUGACAAACCACCGUAGGCAUAGCCGAAGAUGGAAGCUGUCAGUGCUGUUCACUCUGCCACGACCAACCUCUGUUGUAAAUCUUCCUCCCAGAACACGUGACGAUGCAUUUCUUGACUAUAUAUCCCAAGGGCAGAGGCAGAGUUGUCAGAGCGCGGAGCCCCGCAGAGAGGAAGGACGCCCUCAGACUUGGCCAUUUAGCAACCCAGGACUUCGGAAGAAUUUGCCAGCCUUGGACCCCGGCUGUGUGCGCGGCGCUUCAAUGCUGAAGAUGGAGCCUCUGAACAGCACGCACCCCAGCACCGCAGCCCCUAGCAGCCACCUGGUGUCCCACGUGCCCGGCAGUGAGAGCGGCAACGGCAACGAAUACUUCUACGUUCUGGUGGUCAUGUCCUUCUACGGCAUUUUCUUGAUCGGAAUCAUGCUGGGCUAUAUGAAAUCUAAGAGGCGGGAGAAGAAGUCCAGCCUCCUGCUGCUGUACAAAGAUGAGGAGAGGCUCUGGGGGGAGGCCAUGAAGCCGCUGCCCAUGGUGUCGGGCCUGAGGUCGGUGCAGGUGCCCAUGAUGCUGAACAUGCUGCAGGAGAGUGUGGCGCCUGCCCUGUCCUGUACCCUCUGCUCCAUGGAAGGAGACAGCGUGAGCUCCGAGUCCUCGUCCCCAGACGUGCACCUCACCAUCCAGGAGGAGGGGGCAGAUGAUGAGCUGGGGGAGACUUCAGAGACGCUCCUCAACGAAAGCAGCGAAGGGUCCUCAGAGAACAUCCAUCAGAAUUCCUAG